AGGCUGGGCAGCUGCCUGUGUCCCAGAUUUCCCCCAGGUGGCAGCUACCAGAAGACCGGAAUCUCUUUGAGCACAGGUGCACUCUGAGGAGGAUUUACCAGUCCUUCACAGGGGCCAGUUGGGUUUGUUCUGAAGCAUGCAAGACAACGCUGACCAGCCGCCGUCGCUGUCUCAGCUCUUAAGAGAGAGCUACCUGGCCGAGGCCAGGGCCCAGCAGCGCCACAGCGAGAUGAGCCGCUCAGACGCUUCCUCCUCACGCCUUCAGAUCUACGGGGCACUCAAAGGCAAGGCUGAGGACUCCGUGGGCCACAGUGACCCCCAAUUCCCAGACCUCUCAGCUUUUCUCAGCCAAGAGGAGCUGGAUAAGAGCGUGAACCUGGCCCGCCAGGCCAUCGGACAUGAGUCUCGGGAGGAGAGGGCAGAGGUUAAGGCCUCUGUCACACCAUUAAGCCCCUCCAGCAUCUCCCCGGCCUCGGUUUCUUCCUCUGAACCCCCACCCGUUCCCAUGGCUAACCCUUCUCCUGCUCUUUUUGCAGCCCCUUCCACCGUGCCCUUCACCCAGCUAGCCCCUGAAUUCAAAGAACUGCCAGCAACGCACACAACAUUCACAUCAGACAGAAAGAUGCUCAAAGCAUCCACACGGCAGGAAAACAUGAUCAGAAACAGCAGGGACUCCAGCGAAGGAUUCAAUGACUUUAACAGGUCGGGGAGGAACGCCCCAUACGGUGUGGAGACCCAGUCCAAGAAGGAAUUCCUCAAUAAGGCAGCGGAUUUCAUUGAGGAGCUCUCCUCUCUCUUCAAGGCCAACAGCUCCAAACGCGUACGGCCGAGAGCGUGCAAAACACACAGGAGCAGGAACCAGAACAAGAGCCAGAGCGAUGGGACAGUUUAUCCCAUCAGCCCAGACAACAGGGAGCGCGCUGCCCUGCCGGUGGAGGAGGAGAAGGAGAGACCCAGCCCUGCCGUUAGCCACCAACCAGAGGUCCAGCUGGACCCUGGGAUUGGGCAUGUGGAGUUUCAGGACUGCAGGAUUACUGAGGAGCAGCAGUACGACUCUGUUUCCCAGGAGGUGGAGGAGGAGGCUGAAAGCUGCGCCCUGACAGAAACUCCGUACCCGUCAGAGCCUGUGUGUGAGCCUCCUCAUUUCAUCCAGAAACUGAAAAGCAGGGAGGUUCCAGAGGGCAGCAAGGUCCAGUUAGACUGCAUCGUACGAGGACUCCCUGUGCCUGAAGUCCGGUGGUUUUGUGAGGGCAAGGAGCUGGAGAACAGCCCUGACAUUCAGAUCGUCACCAACGGCGAGCUGCACUCUCUGGUCAUCGCAGAGGCGUUCGAGGAAGAUACCGGACGCUACUCUUGCUUUGCAUCUAAUUUCUACGGCACUGACUCCACAUCAGCUGAGAUCUAUGUCGAAGGUGCCUCCUCUUCGGAUUCUGAGGGAGAGCAGCACUUUGAACAUGUAGCCCAGCUGCAGCGGAAAUCCUUACCUCCAUCAUCGAGCCAAACUCUCUCUGCAGAAGAGGAACAGUCUCCAUCAUCUGAACCUGCAGCAGCCGCCGAGGAGCCAGCAGAGCAGCUCUCCUCUCCACCAACAAACCAAAUCAUCCCAGAUCCUCCUCUGCCGGUCCAGACAUCAGCCACCAUUCUUCAAGCCCCAGAUCUGUCGAAGACACCUGUGGCACCCACAGCACACCCUGCUGAGGAGGAGACAACAGUGUUACCUGUGCAGGUGUUUCCUACUUUGUCACCUGGUGAUACAGAACUUCCAGAAGCCCAGGAGGUGUCCACAUCUGUCUCAGUCAUAUCCACACAGCCGGCAGUGCAGACGGCUGCAGCGAUAGCUACAUCAUUGCCUUUUAACUCAGUGGUCUCGUCUGUGCUGCCUGGCCCGUCAGCCGCGAUACAAACACCCCAACCUGAGAGUCAAACCUCCAACCACAGCUAUCUACAAGGGUUGAACGGUCAACCUAUCAUGGCUGCCCCGGUAUUCACAAAGAGCCUGCAGGACCUCCUUGCAUCAGAAGGCCAGCUGGUGGUGCUAGAGUGCCGUGUUAAAGGGGUCCCGUCACCUCGGGUGGACUGGUACAGAGAGGGAAAAAUCAUAGAGGACUCUCCUGAUUUCAGGAUCUUGCAGAAAAAGCCCAGAUCUCCAGCUGAAUCAGAGGAAAUAUGCACUCUGGUCAUCGCUGAGGUCUUUCCAGAAGAUUCGGGGAUGUUUACUUGCACAGCAAGCAACAAGUAUGGAACCGUGUCCAGCACUGCUGCACUAAGGGUCAAAGGCAAUGGCAGCAGCAACCACAUGAGGCCUUACACCAGUUUAAUGCUGGAACCCAGUCGAAUCCAAGAACCUUCCCCAUCAGCUCCCACUGUAAGCCCUCAUCUAGAGGUUACUGCGACCAACAGCAUCAAGCCCCACUCCAGCACCAUUCGCCUAGACCCGCUCAUCUCUAGCACCUUACGCCUGGACCCCUUAAACACCAGCACCCUCCAUCUUGACCCCCACAUCUCCAGCAUGUUGCGUCCAGACCCCCUUCGCACCAGUCUACCCAAUCUGGAACCCUCCAGCCUGAGCAGCAGCUCCUGCCUCAACUCUCUCAGCACCAGCACCCCAAACUUAGAUCCUUCCUGCCUCCACCAGGGCCCUUCUGGAUCCAGUGGAGCACGUCCAGAACCUCAAAGCAGCGGGCAGGCGCUCUCAUACCCAAAACCCUUCACCUCUCCAUCUGCGUUUGAGACUUCGGCCGAGAAGGAAGGGUCCAAACCUUUAUUAACAUCAACUGACUCGAGCCCCAGAGUCAAGGGGACCUCAAACCAUCAGAAUGGGAGCCCCAUUGUGGUGCCCCUGCCUGACCCCCCUCCUAACUCCUGCCUAAAGACAGGCACCCUGACGAACCACAAAGACCCGCGCUCCAGCUCCAGAGUCGGUCUGCGUGUGCACUUCAAACUGCCUGAGGAUGAAGAGGAUGAACAAAGUGACCCCUCCAGUCAGUCUGAUGAAGACACCGCUCAGAUGUCAGUCAACAAAGAACCACCACCAGUGCGGGCGAAACCCAAACUGGACCCAGCCCAGCUCCAGCUUCUGCACAACCAGGUCCUCAUGGAGCAGCAGCAGGAGACCGAACCGCAGACCCAAACCCACAUCCAGCCUCAGUCCCAUCCCCCAAUGCAGAUCCAGGUCCAGCCAGAGGUCCAAAGCUCUCAUGAAGGUCCGCUGUGGUCUCCCCGAAUGCACCGUGAACACAAUCCGCCACCUUUAAAGCCCUUCCUUAACACCAUGGCGCCCCCACAGCAGACACCCCACUCUGCACCUGCAAUGGCCAACGCCCCCCCUGGCCCUCCUCUGAGCUCUGCUCCAGCACUCCCCACCACCUUUUCACCCUUUCUCAAUACUUCUCCUGCCACUCCUUUGAGCUCCCCUCCCUCAGUUCCCCAGCUAAAGACCUCCUCAUUGGUGACCUCCCCCCCACCUGCCCCACAGCUGAAAACAGCACCUCCUCUCAGUACAGCUCCUGUAACCCAGAUGAACACCAUCCAUGCCUCCCACCUCAACCUGUCCCCUGCAGCUCUAGCCAGAACUGCACCCACGCCCAACUUUUUCUCUCCUCCUGCACCAAAGCUUAGUACAGCCCCUACAGAUUCAACCCCAGCCUUACAGCAGAUCACAUCUCCGGCUCCACUACUGAGAAGCACCCACGCCUCCCUCAUGAACCUCACAGCCACCUCCCAGACCUUCAACUACACCCGGCCUAAAGAGUUCAUAGCUGCUCAGACCUUCUCACCUGUUAGGAGUCCUUCCCCAACAGAAUCGCCAGUCCCUCUGCUCCACGAGCUGGCUGCUGAGCUCAACUCCUCCACGGCAAGCUCCCCCACUCUCCCGCCAUUCUCCCCGCCACCCAGGAUUUUCCCCACGAGGGUGCUCAAGUCUGCCACCAGCCCUCCUUCCCUUGUGUCCUCACCCACACCAGGGUCAGCGCCGUUCCUGAACAGCACCUUCGCCAUACGAGCCCAGUCACCUCCCCAGGCAUCGUCUCCCACCUCCAGCAGCUCCACCCCAAGCCCCAUUCAAAACCCUGUGGCGUUCCUCAGCUCCGUUCUGCCGUCCCUGACCCCAAGUCAGCCCACCAACUCAAUGGGCCUGCCCAGGGGAGCUCCUUUAGGGAUGAAAAAGAACGUACCAAAGGUGCGCCUCUCGUCAACUGAAGACAUUCGCGAAAGCAAAGAAAUUCUCCUCCAUGACAUUGAGAGAAGGCUUCGAUUUAAAGACGAUACUCAACAUUUUGCACAUCAGCAGAAGCUGAGUAUUGAGGGGAAAACAGCGAGCAGACCCCUUGGACCAAACAUUCCUGCUACUGUCAUUAACUAUGAUGAGGAGUACAAAGUGUCCAAUUUUGAGCAGCGGCUAAUGAACGAGAUCGAAUUCCGUUUGGAGCGAACGCCGGUGGAGGAGUCGGACGAUGAGGUGCAGCACGAUGACGUCCCUACGGGAAAAUGUAUUGCACCCAUAUUUGACAAGAAACUGAAGAACUUCAGAGCCAUGGAAGGUGUGCCUGUCACUUUCUCAUGUAAACUAGUGGGGAUACCCAUUCCAAAGGUUUACUGGUUCAAGGAUGGCAAGCAGAUCUUAAGGAAGAACAUCCAUUACAAGAAGAUAAGAGAGGGAGAUGGGACCUGUGCUUUACAUAUCGAGUCCACGACCAAUGAUGAUGAUGGCAACUACACCGUCAUGGCAGCUAAUCCACAGGGACGAAUCAGCUGCUCGGGUCAUUUGAUAGUUCAAACGGGACCUCCCCGAACCCGAAUGACACCUAUUCACUCUCAGAGGGUGCGAGCACGCAUACAGGAAGUUGAAGGUGAGCAAACCCAGGAGCGCUUUUUUCAGCCCCACUUCCUCCAGGCUCCAGGGGACAUGCUGGCUCACGAAGGAAGACUCUGUAGACUAGAUUGUAAGGUGAGCGGCCUACCCAACCCAGAGCUGAUGUGGUUGGCCAACGGGAGGCCGAUCUAUCCAGACUUGUACCACAAGAUGUUGGUGCGGGAGAACGGCGUCCAUUCUCUGGUCAUCGAUCCUCUGACGCAGAAUGACGCCGGCACAUACACAUGCAUUGCGAGCAACAAAGCUGGCCAGAGUUCCUUUAGUCUAGAACUGAAAGUUGUGGAGAAAGAAAUGAAGCAUCCUCCCCAGUUCUUGGAGAAGUUGCAGAACAUGGGAAUUCCUGAGGGAACUCCAGUCAGGCUGGAGUGUCGGGUGGUGGGUAUGCCCCCUCCACUCAUCUUCUGGAAGAAAGACAAUGAAACCAUUUCUAAAACCAAGGACAGAAUCAGCAUGACCCAGGAUGCAACGGGAUACGUGUGUCUCCUUAUCCAGCCAACAACAAAAGACGAUGCUGGCUGGUACACGGUGUCAGCAAAAAACGAAGCUGGAAUUGUCUCCUGCACCUGCAGGCUUGAUAUCUACGCUCAGUGGCAUCAGAGCAUCCCUGCACCCAUGAAGAAGGCUCCACGCACAGGCAGCCGCUACGCAGCUCUGACAGGCCAGGGGCUCGACAUCAAGUCAGCUUUCCCCACAUCGGAGACCAGCCCCAUCCUCUUCUCCAGCUCCCCUCCUGAGGCCAUGCUGGAGAGUGAGGAGCUGUGAGCGGUCUGCAAACACUCCAGCGUGGUGACCCUCAGGGGCUUCCCAGAAUGUUCCGUGACCUCUCUGAGGCCACAGCCGCAGAGCGCUAAAAGGAGAGUGACGAUCUGAGCAGGCUGUCAUGUGAUUUGUGUGAUGCUUUUGAAGUGAUACAUUCAGAACAGAAUGGCAAAAAAUUAUUGUGUUUAAGCUAUCAGCACUGAUAGUGGGUUUGUCACCAUUCCUAUUUACUCCAGUCAUAUGAAGAGUGUUUCACAUACAGGAAAAAAAUGACAGAUUUACAAAGUCUUAGCUCAUGAGCCAUCAGUGGAGUUGAAUAAUGAUCUCUGACAGGUUUAUUGUCUAUAUCAUAAUCAGGUUGCUGAAUGUUGGUGAUAACUUCUGUUCUUAAUUGGUAGUCCUAUUUUCAAAGUGGUCCCGGCACCGCUGAUUUGUAUUGCAAGUCAUAUAUACAGUACUGAUAGUAAACGUUUCUGUUAAAGUUUAUAUUAAAUGUAGUUGUAAGUUAUUGUUUAUUAAUAGUCAGAAAUAGCUUAUAGUGUAUUAAUAGACAUCUGAAUGUGCCAUUUAGAUCAGUUUAUUUAAGUGGCUCCAGCAAGGUGGGAUUCUUUCUAUAUUUAACUACAUCAUGUCUUGACGUUCAUCACUGGCUCACAUUUUUUGCACCAUGUUUUUUUUUUUAUGUGCAUGCAUGCCAACAGCUAUCGAAGAUGAAAUAAUGUAUAACUUAAGAAACACAAUGUGCUGCUCACAGUCAUAAUAAUAACAAGCUGUUAGGUGGGUUGAUUCAUGGUUAGUACAACAGUUGAAACACAAACACUUAGAAUUUUUGUUCUACUUUCAGGUGAUUUAGUUCAUCUUUGUACUAACAAAAAUUAAUCUCGACUGCAUCUAUAGUCUGAGAUGUAUUAUCAGAGGCGCGAGUCAGAUUAGACUAAAAGUCUAAAGUCAAAAGUCUCCUUUUUUUGGUGUCAAAUGUGUCCUGCAGAGGUUAUUAUUGAACUUUGAUUCAGAUAAAUUCAAGUCAGUUUGAAAACACAUUGAAGAAAAGUUUGAAAGCACAUACUCAAACUGAUGUAAAGUUGCACACUGUAAAAUAGU